CGUCUCUCCUCCGAGUCAGAGUUCGGGCUGAAGCCAAGAAGCUGGAUGGAGUAGGUGCUAAAAUAGCUGAGAAGAUAGAUGAGUUCUUAUCCACUGGAAAACUACGCAAACUGGAAAAGAUUCGACAAGAUGAUACAAGUGCAUCUAUCAAUCUUCUGACACGAGUUACUGGCAUUGGUCCUGCUGCGGCUAGGAAGUUUGUCGAGGAAGGAAUUAAGACUUUGGAAGAUCUAAGAAAAAAUGAGCACAAGCUGACCCAUCACCAGCGAAUCGGGUUGAAGUAUUUCGAAGAUUUUGAAAAAAGAAUCCCAAGGGAAGAAAUGCUGCAAAUGCAGGAAAUUGUGCUGAAAGAGAUAAAGAAGCUGGACCAGAACUAUGUUGCUACAGUCUGUGGCAGUUUUAGACGAGGUGCAGAGUCAAGCGGCGAUAUGGAUGUUCUUCUAACCCAUCCGAGUUUCACAUCUGAAUCAUCUAAACAGUCAAAACUUCUGCAUCAAGUUGUAGAACAACUGGAAAAAGUCCAUUUUCUCACAGAUACACUGUCUAAAGGUGACACCAAAUUCAUGGGUGUCUGCCAGCUGCCAGAUAAAGAAGAUGGAGCAGCCUAUCCACACAGGAGAAUUGAUAUCCGGCUUAUCCCCAAAGAUCAGUAUUACUGCGGUGUGCUGUAUUUCACAGGCAGUGACAUAUUCAAUAAGAACAUGAGAGCUCACGCUCUGGAAAUGGGCUUCACCAUUAAUGAGUAUGCAAUACGUCGCUUGGGUGUCACUGGAGUUGCUGGGGAGGCCCUACCAGUAGAAUGUGAAAAAGACAUCUUUGACUAUAUCCAGUGGAAAUACCGAGAGCCAAAGGAUCGGAGUGAAUAGCUGCUUGUCUAGGUCUGUAACGUGGAGAGAUGUUUUCAUAGCUUCUUAUGAAACAUGACACCUGUAGUCUUACUUUGGAUAUUACUGCAAAAAUUGUAUAAUUACUGAUGUUUAA